UCGCUUGUCGUGUCACACUCUCUGUCUUACUACGUACAUCCUUACGCAUGGUGUUCGGCAUGGCAGCUUCCUGACAUUGUAGUAGUGUUAUUCAUUGGUCCGGCUUUCUGUUUUGACUAUGGCACAUUUUGCUCUCUUUGGAGUUAUUAGAGUAGGUAUAAGCAAGAUUUUUUCAAACCAUUCAGUCCGAUCACUUCAUUCCAGUGUCAGGCUUCUUGCUGCAGACAAAGACCUCCUUGUGCGAUUGAGGAAGAAGACUGGUUUCUCAUUUUCAAACUGCAAGAAGGCCUUGGAGAAGUUCAACAACAGUUUUAAAGAGGCUGAGGCAUGGCUCCAAGAACAGGCCCAGAAAGAAGGCUGGGCGAAGGCCUCUAAGCUUCAGAGUAGAAAAGCCAAACAAGGCUUAAUUGGAGUUCAUCAUGACGGAAACUCUGCAGUGAUGGUAGAGGUGAACUGUGAAACAGAUUUUGUUGCAAGGAAUGCCACUUUCCAGGAGCUGGUCAAGCAAACUGCACUUGCUGCCAUGGUGCAUCACAAGGAAAAAAGAGAGAAUCUAUCUGCGUAUUGCAAGGGUUUUCUAGGACCCAGUGAACUCUCACAACUGAAAUGCAGUAUUUCUGGAAAAUCUCUUCCUGACCAGCUAGCACUCACUGUUGGAAAACUCGGGGAGAAUAUGACUCUGAGACGAGCAGCUUGGGUACUAGCACCCUCAGAUUGCUACAUUGGAACGUAUGUGCAUGGAGCUUUACCUGAUGCGGCAGUUACUUCCCAUGCUACUGUGCUAUUUGGAAAAUAUGGUGCUUUAGUGAUCUGUCAACAGUCAGCAGAAAACUUAAGAACUAACCUGCAGGACAUUGGCCGCAAGCUUGGGCAGCAUGUGGUUGGGAUGGUCCCACUCUCUGUUGGUUCUCUUGAAGAUGAGCCUAGUGGAGAAUCUGAGACCAGAAUGCUUGCACAGUCAUUCCUGCUCGACCCUGGCAUCACUGUAGGGCAGUAUGUGCAAGUGAACAAUAUCACUGUGUUGGACUUUGUGCGGUUUGAGUGUGGUGAAGAAAUUGAUUCAGCUGAGGCAACGUGAAAGUGUACUGAAUGGAAUGGACUAUAUUCUGUAUGAAAGCCACUCUGUUUUGACUUGGCAGGCUUAGUGCAGUUGUUUUUUUUCUUAAAGUACUUGCCUAUGAAAACUGUAUUAAACAUCUCCAUCCUGCAUCAGA